AUGGCGCACGCGGACAGCCCGGCGGCGCUGACGGCGUUCCAGGCCGCUUGGACGCACGACGCCUACCUGGCGGCCGACGCGCGCGGCAUGGAACAAUGCCUCUGCGGCGAAACAGUGCCGGACGGCGCCAUGGGCUCGACCCCAGCCGUGCUGGUGCCGCUGGGCCGCGUCGCCGGCCGGUCGGGCCUGCUGUACACGCUCCGCUCGACGGCACUCAACAAGCACGCCGGCGAGGUGGCCUUCCCCGGCGGCAACCGCGACGCGGCCGACGCCGACCCGCUCGCCACGGCGCUGCGCGAGACGCGCGAGGAGGUGGGCCUCCGCGUGGGCCGCGACCGCCUGUGGGCCGCGCUCCCGCAGAUGAACUCGCGCCACGAUGGCAAGCCGGUGGCGGCGUUUGUGGCCGACGUGGGUGAGCUGGAGCUGGAGCACCUGCGGCCCGAGCCGCGCGAGGUGGAGGACGUGUUCUUCCUCUCGCUGGAGCACCUCUGCCGAGCGGAGAACGUCGGCCACACGCAGUACCGGCGCAAGGACGGCGGCGCUGGGUACUCGAUGCCGGUGUUCCUGAACGGGCCGCACCGAGUGUGGGGCCUGACGGCGAUCCUCACCCACCUGACGUUGUCGAGUCUCGUGCCAGAGAUGUACUCUCACAAGCCGACGCUGCUCAAGCCCAUUCGGGACGGGUCCUGACGUCGGCGAUCGGUUAGGGCUUAGUAUAAGGCUUGACGUGUAAUUAAAUAUACUCUUGGGAGUGUGGCAGAUCAGGCACGAUGAGGCACGGGCGUUAGUUGUGAUCAUGGAAGGCUAGUGGCGUUUAGCCACACUUGUCGUAAUGUGACCUUGCAACAUCAAGACCACGUCGUCAGUGUUCUCCCGAAUGAUCAUCCUUUCCGCGAGAACCCGAUCCGCUGUCGUGGUCUGUGACGGGAUCACGACCCUUUUGCGCGGGCUUCUGACAGCUGUCAGCGAGGCAGCGAUGCCCGAUCACGGCAGCCCGGACUGUUCUGACACCUGACACGGGUGG